GUCUGAUAAACAAUCAGAUAAUAAAUUUGAUGAACAAGUAGAACUUUAUGAAGAACAAAUUUUUCAGAUAGUUGAAGAAGUGUAUUCAGUAGUUGAAAUAUUUGCAAAUUCAAAUAGGUUUGGAAUUAGAAAAGGACAUAUUGAGAAAAAUCCAAAUAAUAGUUAUGAAAUUUCAAGAAUAUUUCUAUGCUAUCAUGCUGGAAGACCAUUGAAUGAAAAAAAAUUACAUAAAAUUAAGGAGUCUGGUUCAUAUAGAACUGAUUGUAAAUAG